CCAUAGAAGGAAACUUGUGCUCCUGCGCUCCAGACAGAAGCCGCGGAGCUGAACACGGAGCUCCGCCGAGAGAAUCGGAGUAUCGGGUCCGGUCGCACCCGGUCAGCGGGGAAUCCGUCCGUUCAGCAGCCGCGCCGGAGAUGUCGGACACGGGGGGCGCGUUUAUAGAGCCGCCGCUGUAAAUCAACACUGAAUACAUCUCCAUCAGAACCAGAACAGCACCACUACAGAACCAGAACAACACCAGAACCGCUGCACAAGGGGAUUGGGACAAGACCCAGAGGCGAGAGGUGCCAAACCCUCCCACCCGUUACUGCCCCUGAUGAAGGGCAUGGAGGUUCUGCGUCGUUCCUCAGUGUUUGCAGCAGAAGUAAUGGAAGUGUUUGAGCGCUCUCCCACUGAUAAGGAACUCGUCUCCCAGUCCAAAGUUCUGUGCAGAGACUACAUCCACUCCAGGCUGAACCGGGCCGGAAUCGGCUGGUCCAAAGCUGACCACGGGCUGUCUGCAGGCGGGUCGCUGGGGGAGGUGUCAUCAGUGCUUCUAUGGUUAGGUGACGAGCUAGAAUACCUGCGGCCAAAUGUGUACCGCAACGUGGCGCGCCAACUCAACAUUACGGUGGCAUCAGAGAGUGUGGUGUCUGAUGCCUUCCUGGCAGUGGCAGCAGAAAUAUUCUCCACAGGAGUGACGUGGGGUAAGGUGGUCUCUCUGUACGCCGUAGCCGGAGCUCUGGCGGUAGAUUGUGUCCGACACGGUCACCCCGCCAUGGUACAUACUAUUGUAGACUGCAUGGGCGAGUUUGUCCGCAAGAGCCUGGUGUCCUGGUUAAAGAGACGAGGAGGCUGGACUGAUAUCACCAAAUGCGUUGUCAACACGGACCCCAGCUUCCGUUCUCACUGGCUGGUGGCGGCGGCCUGCACCUGCGUGCACUACCUGAAGGCCGUGGUGUUCUAUCUGCUGAGAGAGAAGUGAUGAGCUGGAUGGCGGACACUGAUGGACAGUGAUGGACAGUAGAUAGAGGAUCUGCUGCUCCUCCGUUUUUGCUGGAGGGAGCUGCCAUUCACUGCUUCAGCCUAUCCCCACUCUUCAUCAGUUUACACGUGUGGAACUAUUGCACUGUGCCUUUAAUGAACUUAACUUCCUGUGUCUUCACUCAGUGGAUGUCUUCACUCACUGCCAAGCUUCGUACAGCUUCGUACACUAUAUGGACAAGAAGUAUUGGGACACCUCCUCAUUUAUUGUUUCUGCUUAAAUCAAGAGUAUUUGUUAGAGUAACUCUCUGUACUAUCUGUUCUACUAGAUUUUGGAGAGUUUUGACAUUGUUAUGAGGAUUUUAUUGCAUUAAGAAACAAGAUAAGUUUUAGGGAGGUCAGGAUGUUGGAAGAUGACAAUCCCACCUCAUCCCCAACUCCCCAACUCAUCCAAUCAAAGGUAUUGGAAGCUUUAAACCCUUUUAAAACCUCUCAAUAGCCCACACCUGUAGUAGGGAAUAUUGUAUUUGGUCGUACUUCACCACAAGGUCUAGUCAAACUGUGUGUGUACAUUUGCACAUUUGUACAUUUGCACAUCUGUGUCAGCAAUAGGUGCAUCUUAAACUACUGUAGCUGAAUGAUUUAUUUAUUAGAGGGAGUCUCUGCAAAGUUUUGGACAUUAAGGCUGUGUUCACAUUACCAGUCUGAAGUGACUCAAAUCCGAUUUUAUUGCUUUAUUCAUAUUUUUGAUUUUAGUGUAAAAUCCGGUAAUUUUACUUUACCAACCCCACUGCCCUUCAACAUGGGAUUUUGGGUAGUGUACCUCUUGGUGAGAAAUCAUUAACUGCUAGACAUGCUUCUAUGAUGGCCUUGAAGACUCCUCUGACCAAGCUGUUAGGAGGUGUUGGGAACUGGAAUCCUAGCAUCAAAUCCAGUUUCUGUUUGGGUUCUAAUGAAGGGUCGGGUUUGAGUAUGGAGAUCUUGUGGUGAGCACUUCAAUCCUGCCUGUGCUGUGGAGCGACACACUGCCCCAACAAACAGCUGUUGUGAUGAUCUGGAGAACCAUUGCAUAUCUAUUUAUGUAAACUCCACAUGAGAACGUAUGCUGUGGAGAAAUUGAGCAUGAUAGCAGUGUAAAGCUUUGUAACCAGUUAUAUUAAUAUAAAAUCCCAUAAUUUUACUUUACCACCUUAGUCCACAUGCUUUCAGUGAUGGUUCUUUAUCUCUCAGCUUGUCGAGAAAUGCAAGUGUAAAGUGUGUCUUUUAGGGGUGUCUCAAAGCUCAAAUUACACUGGAGAAAGAAAUGCCAAUUUCCCAUAGUGCUGCCUUAAUAAUAAAGGGACUUUUUAAUUUAAGUAAAACAAACUAAAAUAUGUCAUAUUUUCUGCUGAUUUUAGAGCAUAAAUUAUGUUUGAAUUUUAUAUUUAAUAUAUUAAAAGAAUAAAACCCCAAACAUAAUAUAAUAUACUUCCGGUCCAGAUGAUAACUAAGAAUUUUUCAGUUGGUGUUUUUUUUUUACGUAAAGCUAUACUGUAUAUACCAGUGUAGUAUUAAGCCUUUUUGUCACAAGGUUUCAACAAGCAUAAAGGGUAAAUCAAUGAUGUGUCUCACUGCCAUUACAGCUCUAUCUGUGUAGCAAUAUAGUUAUGCAGUAUGAACUUUGACCACAUUAUGGGCUUACCACUGAUAACACAAACACACAUUUCAACAUUCUUUUCACCUUUAUUUCAUAUUUUAAAUUUUAUUCUGUGAAUAACUGCACCUUUCUGUUGUGUGUUGGUAUGCCACACUGACUGUAUGCUAAAUAAAUGCUCAUAAAUGAAGAA